GUGGUCUUUACCAUUUGACUUGCUUAGACUUAACUUUAGAGCAAACUUUUAACAAGAGACAAUCGUGGUUAUGUUCGUUUUGUUCAUCGGUCAACACGCGGCGUCGGAGAAAUGACAACACCCCCGUUCCAAGAGAUCAAUCUAAAGCAGCUUUUGACGACUCUGUCAUGUCGUUGGAUGAUUCACACGUUACAGACAGGCCCAACUUCACAGUUGGAACGGACAACUGCAAUGUGUUAGUGACGCCGCCGAAUUCGUAUCAUCAUAAUAAUAUAUCUGGAAAUGGCAGCUCACUUUUAACAUCUGGUCCUGAAGCGUUAUUACAUGAUAUUUUAACGAAAGUGUCAGCGUUACAGACUCAAUUCUCGGCUAUCCAGGCAAUACAAUCGGAUUUGUCCCAAGUUAAGAGUGACAUUGCUGAGAUGAGGAGCAGUAUCGACUCCAAAUUGACUGACUUGGCCGGCAGAAUGAGCACGAUUGAGUCUCGGGUCAGCGCACUGGAAGAGUGCAAAGCUGAAUUGGACGACGUAAAAAAGGCAAUAAGCGAUGUUAUUAACGACUCUCGAAGAAAUGAACAGUGGGUUCGGCGAUCUAACAUACAAAUUAAUGGCGUGCCGGAAACAAAGGGAGAAAACUUGUUCAACAUUCUGAAGUCGUUAGCGGACCUAAGUGGAUACUCGCUAAAUACGAAUACCGACAUAGACUUCGUUACGCGUGUUGCUGUGAGGAACGACUCGGACGGCGCCUUACCGAAACCCAUUAUUGUUAAGAUGCAAGCUCGCUAUAAGAAGGACGACUUCAUGGCGUCACUCCGAAAAUUGAGGAAUUUAAAAGCUUCCGACUUAGGAUACAGUACCAGCCUAAACCGAAUAUAUGUUAAUGACCAUCUCUCGGCUCACAAUAAAUAUCUACUUAAAGAGGCGAAACAACGAGCCAAACAGAAAAAAUAUCAAUUUUGCUGGGUUCGCAACUGCACAGUCAUGGUUCGUCGCGAUGAAAAAUCCCCGGUUUUGUAUAUUGGUUCGGAAGAGGCUUUAAACAAAAUGACAUAGGCGUUACAACUUCCGCAAUUGCAGCUACUUUACAAUUGUUUAUUGAAAACCUUUACCUCUGUGUUUUAUUACAUAAAUUGUACGUUUGUGAUAAUAAUAUUUGCAGAAACAAAUUAUAUCUUGGCCGUCAUUCUUGCUAUAAAUUAUAUCAUGGAAUAUUUAUUUUCUAUCUACCAAAGUACAUUAUUUCUUGCAUAUUAU